AUGGAACGAGAUGAGUCCCUGCCCAUGGAAAGAGCUGAGGUUGUGUUUUCUGUGGACUGCACCAAGCUGAAGGACUACUUUUCACCAGAAGAAAGACAAUUCAAUUGCAUUUACUUCAACUUCCCCCACUGUGGGAGGAAGGCUGGGGUAGUGAAGAACAGGGAGCUUCUUGCCCACUUUUUCCGUAGCUCCGCAGAAGUGCUGGCAGAGGAGGGAGAGGUGCACGUGGCUCUUUGCAAUGGCCAGGGUGGGACACCCGCAGACCAGCCAAGGAGGGAGUGGCACAACAGCUGGCAAAUAGUGGCUGUGGCAGCAGGAGCUGGAUUUAUCUUGAGUGAUGUUCAUCCUUUUAAUGCAGAGACAAUCCAUGGAUAUAAAUGUACAGGUUACAGGAGCCAAGAUAAAGCCUUCUGUGUAGAGGGUGCCCUGAACCACAUUUUCACACGGAGCACUCCACUCCUGUGUUUCUCACCCAGGAGCUGCAGGAUACAACUGGAAAACCAAAAGGUUUCUUUUCAAGUGCCACAGGUCCUUGUGGAUAAAAUUAACAGGGGUUUCCUAGAACCGAAUUCAAACCACCCAGUCCGGACAGUGAAGGAGGAGCUUGCUGCAGGGCUCAGCCAAGCCUUUCCAGUACAGGACACUGACUCCUGCCUUCCCCUGCUCCACCAAGGCCACCUCGAGGGGGUUUGUCCCUCCAGUAUCUUUUGGAUCACUCUGAGCCCAGAGGAGACUCCAAGCCCUGAGGAAAUGUCUCCUGGACCUGCAAAUGGACCUGUUCUAUUUUCCUGUGCUGAUUUUUGCCAGGGCACAGAGAAGAACGUACCAGAAGGACGUCACAGUCCAGAGCAGUUUUAUCUCAGACCGUCCCUGCUGCCUCAUGCUCAGGCAAUAAUGCAGGAAGGAGCCUUUUUCCCAGGGACACUCCGUGUUCUUUCUGGGCCAGUUUUCAGGAAGUGUCGUGUCACUCCUCACUCCAUGCCUGUUUUUCACGAGGUGCUCAUUGUGUUUGCAGUGAGCAGGGGUACAGAGAGCAGCUGUGUCCAGAUGUUGGUGAAUAACAUCACAUCCACCAUACAUUCCCUUCAGCAGACUGGCACUAAACCAAAUAUCAACCUGCAGGAAGCAACGAGCUCUGAAACAACUGAGCUAAGUGACUUUGCUGCUUUUGAGUCUCAGCUUGGUAAAAUCCAGUACUGGCAAGUUUGGGCCCCCGAAGGAUCAACAGCUUUCAAGUGUCUCAUCUCGGCCAGGUUCUGUGCAGCCCUCCUGAGCAACAUCUCUGAUUGCGAUGAGACCUUCAACUACUGGGAACCGACACACUACCUCAUUUAUGGGAAGGGGUUUCAGACCUGGGAAUACUCCCCAGCCUAUGCCAUCCGCUCCUACGCUUACCUGUGGCUCCAUGCCUUACCAGCCUGGUUCCAUGCUCGAGUCCUGCAAACCAACAAGGUCCUUAUCUUCUAUUUCCUCCGAUGCUUCCUGGCCUUCCUGAGCUGCAUUUGUGAACUCUACUUCUACAAGUGA